GCACUCAUCAACUCGUGGACGGCUCUGAUCCAUUAUUCGAAUCCAAUGGCUCUUAAAUUCGUCUCUUUGACUUCCUUCUUUGUUUCGAAAGCUGACGCCCAUUAUUAUUUCCUUCAAGAUCGCCUCUUUUAUCCUUCUUGAGCCCUAAUCCCCUUCUCCCUCGUAUGCUUCUUCAAUUCCAGAGUUUGGGGACACAACAGCAGAUUCAAGUAAAGCGUGUCUCAGUGGGACAAUUGGUGGCAUAUACAGUAAAGAGUAACUGUUCAAGUUGGGAAUGAGUUGAUGCUAUGACUAGACUCUCAUUUAGGCCUCGACCGCUCGACAUUAACAAGAAGCUUCCCAUUGUAAAAUCUGUUAAGGACUUUGAGGAUGAUGACGUUCCAACUUCCACUCGUAACUCCCAGAUACUCCGUCUCGCAGCAGAAGCUGAUAAUGAGGUCCAACAAGUAUCUGCCAAGAAAGUUGCGUCAGAGAUACCAACUCCUGAGUUUGUGGUUGUGGAUACAUAUGAAAGGGACUACUCUCGUACAUUUAGUCAACCAAUGUCAUAUCUUCGAGCAAGGGGAGCUCGGGCUGAAAUUGGAGAGUUUGUUGAGUAUGAUCUUGAUAAUGAGGAUGAAGAUUGGCUUGAGGAGUUCAACAAUGAAAGAAAAAAUCUUGUAGCUGAAAAAUUGGAAACAAUAAUUUUUAAGUUGGAGGUUUUAGAUCACAGGGCUCGUGAAAAAGCAGGGGUUAUUACUCCAACACUUAGCUCACCUAUUCCCGUGCUUUUAACUUUUGAUGCAGCUGUUGAGGCAUUGCAAUCACUCUCCAUUGAGUAUGGAGUUUUCCGGGCUAUUUAUAGUUACUGGAAAGAAAAGCGUGAGCGGUGGCAAAAACCUGUCCUCAGACGUUUGCAGCCGCCCCCGCCAUCCAAUGACACGAAUCCAUAUAAUGUGUUUAGGCCAAGGGAGAAAGCUCACAAGCUUCACACGCGAAGGAUGCAAAGGAGGGAAAACAAUGUACAAUCGUUUGAAAAGCUUCGCCAGGUGAGGCGCAAUCUCGAUCAGGCAAAGACUAUUCUUGAGGCUUUGAUCAAGAGAGAAGAGAAGAAACGAGAACUUGUAGAGAGUGAGAUCGCCCUUCAAAGAAUUCAGAUGAAGUACAAGCAUGAAACUGAGCUCCUUGAGGAUUCCUUGGCCAUACCAGGAUUGCCAUCCUUUCCCAGCAAAGUGGGUUCAAGUGAAGAGGAGUUCUUUGAUUCUGAUGAUGUGGCAAACAGUCGUCCACCAAGUCGAUCUCCUGUUAUCCAAAACUCACCUUUCACUGAACCAAAGCUGGUCAUGGUACCUUCGGGGAACAUGAGGAGAGAUGCUGGAAGGCGUCUUCCUCAUGUGCGUCUUCCUAAGCUGGAUCCUAAUGAGCCGCUUAUGCUGUUCACGAAGCCGCUUUAUCCAGAUAAACUAGCAGUGGCUGGCAUCAUGCCGCCAUCAUAUCUUCCGACUGCAAACGGCGCAUCUGGUCGUUCAUUUAGCUUCCGUGGAAGGAUUGGCCGAGGAGGCAGAAUUGUGUUUGACAGAUGGAAUCCUCUUAUGCAUACUCCAAUCGAUUGUGGUGACACUUUGUAUGUACCACCAAGGCCUCGGCAUUCAGCACAUCAUUGAUUAACAGGUUUCUCUAUCUUAGACCACAAAUUCCUCUACAUUUUACUGACAAUGUUGUUUUGAACUGGAGGUAGAGCCAAUAGAAGCGGAGACAUGGUAACAUUUUUCGGAUGACUAUGAUAGGGGGAAGUUGCUGAUGUGAGGUAAUAGCUUAGACUGUUGGCAACAAUCGGGGAGGCCAGUUGUAGUAGCAGGACCUGGUGCAUGUAGGAGUAGGAUCUGAUGCUUUAUGCUGCUCUUGUAUGAAUGAUUUGUUUGUACCCUUGGAAAAUAGAUGAGUUUAGUGCUGAAAUAGGCUAUUGCUGUAAGUGGUGAUAACUUAUUAGGAAACACGAUUUAUGAUUUUGGUUGUAAAUGGAAAAAUUCCAGCUAUUAUUUGUUUUGCUGUAAAUUGAGGGCCAAGAAUGCCUUGUAACAA